CCUAGUUUCGCGCCGUAGUUCCACGCUGGUGCACAGGAGGCUGGAUGAAUGAGGUCUGACCAGCAGAUAUGGCGGAGAGUUUGAAGAAUCGGUUUGAUUUCCACAGUCCUGUCAUACAGGCUCAGACGGUGAGGUCUCUGGUUGCUGCUGUGCUCAAAGAAAAAGGACCAAAUGGACAAAUCACACAGUCCUCCACACAGGGUCCGGCAUUGGAGGCUCUGUGGCAGCAGUGUUGCUCUGACUCUGCCCUGGUGCGGUCGUCCUGCUGUGACGCCGUAGUGCUGCUGGUGGAUCAGGGACACGCUGAUCUGCAGUAUGUCCUCAACAGCGUCCUCAACCUCCUGCCGUCCGCCAGAAACGUCCCGGGGCUGGUGAAGGUGAUGGGACGGCUGCUGCAGAUGCAGGCAGACCAGAGAGACAGAGGAGCCCCCUUCAUCUGUCCGUACUCCAUCAGGAACAGCCCUCACCCGUUCAUCACAGCGGUGGAGAACCGAGCGGACUGCUGGCCGGCUCUGCUUCUGGUGAUUGAUGAUUUCAUUCAGCGGGCUGCUGACAGGAACGAACCGGCCUACGUCACCAUGUUGGCUCCUUUCCUGAGGUAUCUGUACUGUGAACCUCAGAGACAGCCUCAGCACGCCCUCCUCAGACACAGUCUCCUUAGGGUGCUCCUGCCCAAACCCCCAGGAUCAGCCCCUGAGAACCAGAACCAGGACUCCUCUGUGUCUGACAGCCUGCUGCUCUGCCUAUGUCAGCUGGUGCCACACAUGCAGGUGGACAGUGUGGAGUCAAUGUUGGAGCUCUGUGGAUUCAUCGAUGCUCUCCUUCAGCGUCUCCUUUCAUCCUCUCAGGAGCGCUGGCAGUCUGAGGGGGUCACUCUUCUUCUGCAGCUGCUCUGUGCCUGUCAGCUCUGCCUGAAGCUGAACGGAGACUGUCGGCAUCUCCUCAGCUCGAUUCAUCAGCUAAUAUCUGCCUGCCAACAGGAGCUGCCAUUGGAUGAGCUGCUGAUGGGCGUGGCUUUGCUCCUGUUGGAGGCUCCUCCAGCUCAGCAGAGUAGUCUUCUCAGUCUGGCUCUGAGUCUAAUCCCAGAGGAGUCAGAGCAGUGUCCCUGGUUGAGUCCGGUCCUGGUUCUCCCCAUCCUGCAGCUACUCUCUUGCUUGAGCCUCACUGAAGCUCUCGCUGAUCGACGGAUCCACAACCUCAACCAGGAGCUGGGGCACAAGCUGCUUCAGAGAGUUAGUAGGGAGACGGAGAAACCUGGACAGUCUUCCCCAUCGUUGCCCUUUCCUCUCACCUCCUGGUUCAGCGAGCUCAGUUUGGCUGUGUCUGUGCUACGUAAACUGGCAGGAGAUACAGCGGCUGCAGCUGAUUGGCUGUUGUCUGUCAGCUCUGCCUUGUCAUCUGGUCAGCAGUGUCUCUCCUCCCUCAGUCUUAUGGUGGUUCACGUCAUCAUCACGGGUCAGGAUGACCUCUGCAAGCUGGCUCUGAAUGCCGGCCAGGCCAUCGCUGCUGCCAACCCCUGUCAGGUUCCCUCCCUUCUUCCUGUCCUGAUGUUCAAACUGGGAAAAGAGAAAAACCCAGAUGUGGCUCACGCUGUGCUGAACUGUCUGCCAAACCUUGGGACGCAUAAGCUCUGUGUCCCCAUGGUGCUGCAGACCCUCCACAUGCUUGCCAGCGCCCCCAAGCUGAGAGCAGUGGCAAUGCGCCUCAUGACUGCUCUAUGGAAGAAACAGGAUCGAGUUUACCCAGACCUGCAGCGUCUGCUGGGCCAGCAGGACAGUCGGGUGGUGGUGGGGAGGGACGCUCAGUGGGAGCAGAUCCUGGCCAGAGCCGCCUGCAUCAGAGACAUCUGCAGAGAGAGGCCAUACCAGCAUGGUGGAGACAUGCUAGCAGCCAUUAAACUCACCCUGAACCAGUGCACCAAACCAGACAUGGAAACCCCGGCCGCUCUGGCUCUGCAGGGACUUCAGGAGCUGUGCAGGGCCGAGGUGGUGGACAUCGUCUCCACGUGGAGGAGUCUUGGUCCGGAGCUGAGCUGUGACUCUCGUCCUCUGAUGGUCAAAGCCACUGCCGAGCUUCUGGCUCUGGUUCCUAAACUCAUUGUUAAGUCAGAGCAGUAUGAGAAACUAAAGGAGGAGGUGGUCAGCUUUCUCUGGAACUAUGCUGUAAGCAAGGAUCCAGAUGUGGCCAGCUGUGGGUACAAAGCUUUGGCUGAGUUUUCUGAAGACGUCCACACCAUAAAUCUCCUUCCUGAGGCGGCCAGACCAGCUUUAAAGCUCCCUGACAGUGAUGAGGAUGAACAAGAGAAAAAUGAAGACGAGGAAGAGAAGGAUCUUUCUGUUCCAGGCUCAUCAUAUGUGAAGCUGAUGGCUCUGACUCCUGUGUCUGUUCUACCAGCCUUUGAGCUCUUCCUCACUUCGCUGGUGAAGCAGGAGAUGAGUAAGAUGCCUCGGGGGGUUUAUUUCUCUGCUCUGAGGGGGGGAAACCUGCGCUCUGAUCAGGGGAAAACAGUGGCGGGGAUCCCAGCCUUCAUGCUGAAAACCUAUGAGAAGAACAAACAGCCGGGGCUGAAGCCGGGACUGGCAGCUGGGCUGCUGCUCUGUUAUGAACUCCCUGUGCAGACGGAUCGUGAAGGCAGACCCAUCGAUCGUUUCCUCGUCAGCCGGAGUCGCAGCUACCAGCAGACGCUGUCAGCUCUGAUUCAUGAGGUGAACAUCCAGCCAUCUGAGUGGCACCGCGCCCUCCUCCUGCCUCAGGCCUGGAGAGGGUUCAUGAGCCGAGCUUUUCACGCCAUCCUGCAGGGUCGUCGUGCAGAUUUGGAGAUGCAGCAGAAACAAGGAAAAGAGGAUCCACAGGAGCUUCAGUACAAACAGCACUGUGCCUGGCUGUGGGCCAGAGAUCAGCUGACAGACGUCAUCAAAGCUGCUACAAAAGACAGUCCUGUCGUUCAGGGAAACUCCAUCCUGGCUCUGAGCGGCCUCGCUGCCGUCCUCGCUAAAUAUGAGAGCAACCUUCCCGCUGAUGGAGACGGAGGCCUCGGGGCUGGACCAGAGUUUGUCCCCACAUCCAGCUGGUUGUCCAUCCUCCUCAACACUCUGCUCAGCAUCAGCAGCAGCAGCUACAAACCAGCAGGACAGGUUUUCCCAUGGUUUCUACACCGCUCAUACUCUGGUGAGAACACGGCGAGUGCCAUCGCUCGCUCCUGUGCCAGCCUUGCCUUAUCCCUGCUCGUCCCAGUCCUGGUGAUGUGGCAGAAGGAAGCCUUAGUCCAGGUCCUGUCAGCGCUGAGGUCCAGUCUGCCGGGCUCUCCAAACGCUGAUGACUCCCAGGCUGUCCAGUUCCACUCAGGCCUUGCUCUCGGCAUGGUGCUGUCCAGUCUGCACCACCAGCGCCUCAGUGACGUCUCCAUUGAGAAGGACGCUGAUCUCCUUCUCAGCUCUCUGGAAGCUUUGGAAAGCUGCUCCUUCAACCCAAACCUGGAGUACAAUAUGGGCUGUGUACUGGGUCUGGCUCUAGUCCUCUCAGCUCUCUGCAGCAGCGGACACAGCGACCAACAUGUCCACGUCACACAAACACUGGAGAAACUUCUGACCAGCCUGCAGGAAAGUGGCGGGCAGGGCCGCAUGCUGCAGGAGGUUUUGGCAUACUCUGUGGCCUGUGUCUGUGUCUCAGCCUUCAGUGGCGGUCUCAUCGGCGCUGAAAAGGCAGAGGAGGUCAUGAACACCUUGCGCUCUCUAACUGAGGAGAGCCAGCAGACUCCUGGUUUCUCUCUGGCUCUGGGUUUGGUUGUCCACGGCCUCUCUGUGUGUGGUCAUGGUAAAGCUGAAGACAUCUAUCCUCGUCUGCUCGCUGCCUGGAUCAAGAUCUUACUGGCAGAGGGCUGUCCUACAAUGCAGCGUCUGGCUGCUGUGAACGGUCUGGUAGCUUUAGUCGGGUCAGAGACUUACCUUAUCCAGCUGUCCAAUGAGUUGGAGCUUUCCUCUCAGCAGCAGAGCAGACUCAACGAGGUGAUUCGAGCCAUCACCCAGAUCAUAACAUUCUCAGGAGCCAUCGGUCUGCAGUCUAACAGCGCCUGUUUGGUGUCUCACUUACAUUUAGCUCACAUGUCCACCAGCCACACUCACACCGCAGUUCCCCAGGAUUUCAGUUACCUCUCUGAGAAAAGUACCAUCAGGUCCAUCGUUGAUUUCCUCACAGAAGCAGGAAAAAAAGGUCCUGAGUUUUCUCAUCCUGCUCUUGUAAAAACGGCCCUGACUCCUCUGGCAUCUGUUGGAUCCAGUUUCCAGUUCCCUCCGAUCAACUGGAGCGCCGUCCUUUCUCCUCUGAUGAGACUCAGCUUUGGAGAGGACGUCCAGCAUCAGAGUCUGGUUCUAGCAGCCAAUCAGGCUCAGUCGUCUCAGAGUGCCUCUUUGUUCCUGGGCUCCUGGCUUUCACCUCCGCUGGUGCACAGCCUCAGUUUCCAGACUCGUUCCCACCUCUAUGAGUCUCUGGGUCUGUGGAUGAAGCAUGUCUCUGAGGAUAAACUGCAGGUCUACCUGGAGAGUCUGGGUCUGCAGCAGUUCCAGGACGACCUUCGACCUCAGCGUUUGUCUCUGUGUCGCUCCGUGCUGAAGGGUCUGUGUCAGGCCAUGGCCCUGCCAAACCCCCCCAACAACUGCUGGAGCAUCCUGACCUCCAGCACUGAGAAGAUCUUCAACAUCCUGCCAAACCACAUCACGGAUGAUGAGGUGGAUUUAUAUGUUGGGAUCACCAAAUGUCUGUCUGAGAUGUCUGAUACAGAGAUUGAUCGAAUCUGUCGAGUCACAGAGACUCAGAUGGAGAAGUCCUGCUUCGUCCUGGCGUAUUUGACUUCCCAGGGGAGGGUCCCCCUUCUCAGUCUCAAUGAUGUCAUCGCAGGUGUGCUUCGUGGUUGGUCAAGCUGCAGAUUGGGCUGGCUCCUCCUGCAGACGUUUUACCAGUGUCGCCUGGCAGCCAACGCUAACACAGGCGUUCUUAAACGGAUGGAGUGGCUGCUGGAGCUGAUGGGACACAUCAGAAACGUCACUUAUGGAGCAACCGCCGUCAAGUGUGGAGACACCAAACUGGCCACAGACUUCCUGUUUCAGGUCUUUUCUGCUGCCAUCGUCUCCUGGGCCGACCACUUCAUGCCCCUCCUCCUCGGCGUCAGAGACAAGUGGUUCCCAUGGCAACCAGGAUCCAAGCCCCAAACUCUGCAGCACAGUCUGUAUGGCAGUGAGUCGCUCACUGAGCUUGUCCUGCCCCAGUGCAUGCUGGGAUUGUCCCACAGUCUGCCUGUGCUACUGGACAAAGAGCCAUGGAGCAGCCAGAUGACCAAGUUCAUUGAUUGGCUCCUGAGCAUCACUGAAGGUCCUGAACAGAAUCUGUCUGCCUCAACCAUCAACACCGCUAAAGCCUCUCUGUUGGCCCUGAAGUCCUCCGCUGAGUUUAAGAAGAAGGCCGUGUGGACCAGAGCAUACGGAUGGUAGCCCAGAGGAGCCAAAAGAGACAGUUUCUAAGUCAUCAAACAUACAGGAUCUUUACAGAAACAUGGUGGGAGCUUUCACACACCCAGACUGAAUCUUUGCCUUAACUGACAUAAAUGUAGAGCUGGAUCUGAAUCACUGCAGCAUCACGGACUUAAACAUAGAAUAUCAUAAACAAGAGGAAUGUUUUCUCUCACAACCACAUGAACCAACAUUAAAAACUGAUGAAAAGGA